UAGUCAAUAAAGAAGAACGCAGUGUGUCGCACAAGUAUAGCUUAUCGAAUAAUUCAAUUCAAUUCCCAUUUGGAAAAACGCUCAGAACGUCACUCAAUUAUUCGAAAUACUAGUUUGUUUAUUGCAAUUUCAAGUUGCUAUUCUAUUAGAGGUACAAAGACCGUUGGCCUCAGUAUUUUGCAUAUUGAGUACGAAUAUUUUUAGUUGAGCUCGUUUUGAAUGUAUACUUAAUCGAAGUUUACAGAGGCAUUUCUUUUUACAAUCGUCCAAAGUAUUUAUUGUAUGGGAAUAGCUAGUUAAUGUGCACCGCACGAUAAGAAUUCGAGUAUUUUUAUUGAUAAACGAAUUUAAAAAAAAAAGUUAACCCUCUGAUAUUUCAAACGAGAUGACCAACCUAAAACAAGAAGAUUGGAGAGUAUCAAAAAUAUUGAGAAAAUACCCAGUAUAUCGCGAAAAACUGAUCAAGACAUGUGAGGGCUGGAUAGCAGCCAAACAAAAGGACGAUGCAGCAGAAGGCUUAUGGCGUAUCAAAGAUGAACUUUAUGACCUUACCGAGUUUAUACCAAGUCAUCCAGGUGGAUCAUUCUGGUUGGAAUGGACAAAGGGCACCGAUAUAACCGAAGCAUUUGAAUCGCAUCAUAUAUCAAAGACGCCAGAAAAUAUGUUAGCCCAAUUUCAUGUUCGCAGUACUUCAAAACCGCGCAAUUACAAGUUAACACUACACGAUAAUGGUUUCUAUAGAGUGCUCAAGUCGCGAGUGCGUGAUAAGCUGAAAAAUGUGGAUCAUUCCCCUGAACGACGAACAGAUGUUAUACACUUUGGUCUCUUGCUAUCUACUUUUGCAUUGGCUUUCGCCUGCUCGUAUACUGGCUAUGUAAUAUACGAAUUACUCGCAGGCCUUUCCCUCUCAUGGCUAACUAUUGCUACGCACAACUACCUGCAUCGUAAGGACAAUUGGCAGAUGUAUACUUUUAACUUUUCGCUUAUGAAUUUUUGUAACUGGCGCAUUUUGCAUGUUAUGUCUCAUCAUGUCUACCCGAACUCCUUAAUUGACCUCGAGAUGUCUCUUUUUGAACCUUAUCUUUGUUGGUGGCCAAACUCACAACUUCAUACAAAAUGGUUUCGUGUUCUUAGCGUCGCCAUACAACCUAUUGUUUAUACGUUUAUAUUUCCUUUCCAGAUAAUAUUGAGAAUUACCGUUUCCGUACUAAGAAAGAAUAUUUUAUUUUGGCACGACAUGAUCGGAUUUAUAUUGCCGUUGUUUAUGAUGUUUGUAGCACAAGUGCCUAUUUUGACUGUACUCAGACAAUGGGUGGUCAUCAUUGGUCUCGCAAGUUUAAUUUUUGGCGUAAUUGGUUUGAAUGCCGGACAUCAUGGCCCAAAAAUUUUUCAUGAUGGCGAUGCAAGUCGUGAAGACCGAGAUUGGGGUCUUUAUCAAUUGGACACAAUAAUCGACCGUAGUGAUAUCAAAGGUUCGCAGUUUUUGGUGUUAACGCAUUUUGGGGAUCAUUUUCUACAUCAUUUAUUUCCGACAUUGGAUCAUGGCAUACUUCCACAACUCUAUCCGGUGCUUUAUGAAACUUUAGACGAAUUCCAAGCACAAUUGCGUGAAUGCAACCAUUGGCAGCAUAUAGUUGCUCAGAAUAAACAGUUAUUACGUACAAAGCCAAAUCCUACCUCCUACUAGUGUUAAUAAAAAUAAGCGUGGAUAGGAAUUAGUAAUUAAUAAAUAAAUAAAUUUCUAUAAAU